AUGCCUGGCAAUCUCGGACGCAAGCUGUACACCAACUUUUGGGAAACGGCAAAUCCACUAUUUGGACGGGGAAUGAGAACGAAUCGAAUACCAUUAUUUUAUGAUACAGCAAACUCAUACAAUUUCUGCGAUUUCAUUUUCAAAAGGCCCACGAGAAGAUUUCCAUCCUUGCCUCGUCGAAAAUCAACUCAGAUCACUAAAAGGUUCGCCUCUGGAAGUUUUCUUGUACUCGGAAUAUCUCCCAGUUCGACUGCGGUAGAAACUGGAACAACAUGCGCUAUCGGUCCCGAGAAGAUUCUAUCCAAUAGGAGUUAUAAUGUCGAUAGAAGGCUUUUUACACGGAAUGUAUGGAAGCGAAGCUUACAUACGACCAAGGAGGACCGGCCACAUAAUGAGAUACCUAAAGAGUCCCUAAAAGCUGAUAACGGCACCACUGCAUCCCAGAGCUCAGAGAAAUUAGGAAACAACACGCAACCACAAGAUCCCAGUACAGAGAAGGCGGUACGCGAAGAGAACCAGUCUGGUGCUUUUAAUCGCCACUUAAUCGAUCGUUUGCCGCAUAUGUCACAGUUCCAUCGGCCCACAAAAGAAGAGUUGUUGGCUGCAGCAACUGGCUUUUGGUCUCGGCUUAAAGUACGGUUCAAAUGGUUCUCAAUCCGAAGCGUAAGGCCAUUUACUCUGGAUGAGAUAAGUGCACUCUUUUCUUGGGUUCUUCUGGGACACGUAAUAUGGGUUGUCUUGGGAACCACGACUUUCUUUUCUUUACUAAUACUUGCUAUCAAUACUGUUUUCGCCCAAGAAACCUUGGCCGGAUGGGUGGGCAAUUACCUGACCAAGUCCUCUGGUGUAAAAGUUGUUUUUGAAUCUGCAAUUGUGCCCAAGUGGAAAGGCGGAGUCAUCACCUUUAAGAAUGUCUUUGUCUCAAGGCGACCCGGUCAGGGGACAGGACAUGUGAGCAAAGGCUCCUCGAAGACCGCUGCAGCUGCAGCUGCAGCUGCAGCCCUCAAAGACCAAACGGGUUUGGAUUUAUCAGAUCAGCGACAGGUUUCCGAGGAGGAGGACACAAACUAUACGCAAUUUGACGUGUCAAUUGAUACUGUUAACGUUACAUUAUCAUUUACAAAGUGGAUCAACGGCAAAGGGCUCCUCCGUGAUGUUGAAGUCCAAGGAAUACGCGGAGUUGUUGAUCGCAGGCAUGUUUACUGGUCUGAUGAUGAUUUGGAUCCCAAAUCAUACCGCCAUGAACACAGUCCUGGGGACUUUGAAAUUGACUCAUUCAAGAUGCACGAUUUACUUGUCACAGUUUACCAGCCUGAUAACUUCAGGCCGUUUCCCGUUAGCAUAUUUUCUUGCGAUCUUCCCCAGCUCCGUAAACAGUGGUUGUUUUACGACUUUCUUUCGGCAAACAUGAUGUCUGGAUCUUAUGACAAUUCUUUGUUCACAAUCCAUCCACGCCAAUCUCAUGGCUUUACUACCGCUCAACUGGGCAAUGAAACGGAGGACGGCAGUCCUAACCCUUGGAAAAAGCAUAGCAGGAUACGGAUUGAUGGGCUCAAUAUUGAUCAUCUCAAUCGCGGAGUCCAAGGUCCUUUUGGGUGGAUACACGAAGGAACCGUCGAUAUCGUUGCCGAUAUGAUGUUUCCAAGUGAUAACGAUGAAAGUUUAGCAAAAGUGAUGGCCGAUUUCUACGAUCGACUGGAAAUUACUGUCACGUCGAAUCAAACUCCCGGGCCUUUGUCUUACCAUCCAAGUCGACCAGAGGAGGCAGGCUCAACAAACCGGUUCCUUGUAACAGAUCUCCGUCUCCAUCUCAACAAUGUGAGGGCUGUUGUGCCCCUUUUUACCCGAGAUCUUUCAUACAUAAACAACGCACUUAUACGGCCCAUUGUCGCAUACAUAAAUUCCAAGCGCACAUUCAUUCCUGUUAAUUGUCGCCUCGUUAAACGCGUCGAGGACUUUGAUGGCAGCUGGACGGUCUUUGAUAGCGGCUUAAUGGAUGACCUUUCAGCCGCGGUGUAUGAUGCAUUUGCGCGGGAUGUCGUUGAUGACCAGGCGCGCAAACGGCGCUUCAAAAAGGUUGGCUUCUGGUCACUCCAGCUGGCUGCUCAGGCCAUUUUCAUGGGAAUGGCUGGAAACAUAGCAUAA